UCUUCUCUCUCUCUCUUUUCUCCUGUCUAUGGGAGCGUGUUAGCAACGUCUGAGAAAGAGAGGGGGGUUUAUAAAGGGCUCCGGACAAGCUUGCAACAGUUUAGACACACUGAACAUGUCGUGUUGGCCUGUCUUUUCUACGCGGGGAUUUCUGUGGAGGAUUCUGUGGGUUACUUGCAGUUUGCAGAACUGUUUCUGGGUACGGGCCUGCCCGGGGAACUGUAUCUGCAAGAUCAGCCAGAUUCACUGCAACCAGCCCGAUAAUGUCACAAUUUUCCCCGUCCUGGAUUUGCAGGAGAUGGAGAACGUUACGGAAAUACACAUUGAGAACCAGAAGAGUCUCCAGACAUUGAACGCUUUUGAUAUGGAGCCUUACAUUGGACUCCAGAAUCUGACAAUCAUAAAUUCAGGACUUCGGUCGAUCGCUCCACGAGCUUUUGCCAAAAAUCCUCACCUUCACUACAUCAAUCUCUCGGGUAAUCAUCUCACCAGCCUUUCUUGGCAGCCCUUUCGGACUCUGCACCUCGCCCAGCUGAUUCUGGUUGGAAACCUAUUCAAUUGUAGCUGUGAAAUCCGCUGGAUCCAGCUGUGGCAGGAGGCUGGUGAGGCCCAGUUGGAGCGGCAGCAGCUGUACUGUAAAACUGAAAGCUCCAGCAUUCUCCUUUCCCACAUGAACAUCCCACAGUGCGAAUUGCCAGAGAUCAGUGUGAGUCACAGCGAUUUGUCAGUGAAGGCAGGAGACGAUGCGGUGGUGACCUGCAACGGAUCAGGCUCUCCACUUCCUGAUGUGGACUGGAACGUCACUCACUUACACUCCAUUGGCAUCCACCAGACCAACAAUAAUCUGACGAUGGUCUCCGCUGUAAACCUGACCCUAUUUAACGUUGAUCAGAAGGACAAUGGAAAACUGCUGACCUGCAUCGCAGAAAAUGUGGUGGGGAUGACGAAUGCAUCAGUGGUGUUACAUGUUUACUUUCCUCCUCAUAUCAGUGAGCUAUCAGAGCCUGAACAGCGACACAUGCACUGCAUUGAGUUCACCGUCUUUGGCAACCCUCUGCCCACCAUUCAUUGGUUGCACCGGGGCCACCGGUUGAAUGAGACCGAAUAUAUCAAAACCAAGGUCUACGAUGAGUCCACGGACUGGCUCCAUGGGUGCUUGCUCUUUGACAAACCGACCCACUACAACAAUGGGAACUAUACACUUGUGGCUGAAAAUGACUUAGGAGUGGAGACAGAGACGGUCUAUGCUCAUUUCCUGGGAAUCCCAUUUCCUGAAAUCCUGGAGAACCCUUUUUACAUUCCAUCAUUCGAAGUGACAACAGGCCCUCCUGUCAGUGUAACACACAAGCCCGAGGGAGACACUUUUGGCGUCUCCAUCGCUGUUGGACUUGCCGCGUUUGCCUGUGUCCUCCUGCUCGUCUUGUUCAUAAUGAUUAACAAAUAUGGACGUCGUUCCAAAUUUGGAAUGAAGGGGCCAGUAGCUGUGAUCAGUGGUGAGGAAGAUUCUGGAAGCCCACUCCACCACAUCAACCAUGGGAUUAUUACACCCUCAUCCAUGGAUGUUGGACCAGACGCUGUUGUUAUUGGGAUGACCCGGAUCCCAGUGAUUGAAAAUCCUCAGUAUUUCCGUCAGGCUCACAGCCUCGGGAAAUAUCCAGAGACAUACGUCCAGCACAUCAAGAGGAGGGACAUCGUUUUGAAACGAGAGCUGGGUGAAGGAGCUUUCGGGAAAGUUUUCUUGGCCGAAUGUUACAAUUUGAGCCCAACCAAGGACAAGAUGCUGGUGGCAGUUAAGACUCUGAAAGACGCCACCGUCUCAGCACGGAAAGACUUCCAACGAGAAGCCGAGCUCCUGACCAAUCUUCGGCAUGAGCACAUUGUGAAAUUCUAUGGUGUCUGUGUUGAUGGCGAUCCCCUCAUCAUGGUUUUUGAAUACAUGAAGAAUGGAGACUUGAACAAGUUCCUGAGGGCUCGCGGGCCAGAUGCGAUGAUUCUAGUGGAUGGGCAGCCACGACUGAAAGGGGAAAUGAGCAUCUCUCAGAUGUUAAACAUCGCCACGCAGAUCGCAUCCGGUAUGGUGUACCUGGCCUCACAACACUUUGUUCACAGGGAUCUGGCCACUCGCAACUGCCUGGUUGGAGGAAACGUGCAGGUUAAAAUUGGAGAUUUUGGAAUGUCAAGAGAUGUCUACAGUACAGAUUAUUACAGGGUGGGCGGUCACACCAUGCUUCCAAUUCGCUGGAUGCCUCCUGAGAGUAUAAUGUAUCGCAAGUUCACCACCGAGAGUGACGUCUGGAGCUUUGGAGUGAUCCUGUGGGAGAUCUUCACCUACGGCAAACAGCCCUGGUUCCAGCUCUCUAACAACGAGGUGAUUGAAUGCAUCACACAGGGUCGUGUGCUGGAGAGGCCGAGAGUGUGUCCUAAGGAGGUCUACGACAUCAUGCUGGGAUGUUGGCAGCGAGAACCACAGCAGAGGCUGAGUAUCAAAGACAUUCAUCGGAUCCUCCAGGCUCUGGGCAAGACCUCCCCCAUCUACCUGGAUAUUCUCGGCUAGUGGUCAAAGUGCACCAGCCCCCUCCUGAAUGUACUCUAUCCCAACAGUAAACUUCGGCUUCAUUUGGGAAAUCAACAAAACAAAAGUGAAGUGCCUGCUGUAUAUAAAAUGUACAGUUGUUUCUGAGGCAGUUUUCCUGGUACCUGCACGCAGAAAGCUCCUGUGAAGAAAUCGCAAAGGAAGUUUGAUUCCAAACAACAUCCCUCCAAAGUGGAAACCCCCAGUCACCGUAUCCCAACCCCAUUGUAAUGAGGACGGACG